AUGUCGAGGCGCAGUCUUCUCGUCUUGUAUUUAUUGCUGUCGUCAGUCUCAUUUGCCACGAGUGAACUGUCCUUCGACCAAGACAUCGACAGGUUUUCCAUUGAAGCGUCACAGUCUACAGCCAAAGCCAGCAAACCCAGCAGUGGCUCGCGACCAGCGCCCCGUCCAGCCCCAGCACCUAGACCAGCACCUAGACCAGCUCCGGCUCCAAAACCAGCACCCGCUCCUGAAUCGCGUCCAGCAUCUCGUCCUUCUCCGGCCGGUGGCAGCGGGCGUCCGUCACCUGCGUUGAACCCUCGACCUGCAGUGGCACCACAAACCGCCCCUCGCCCCCCUACACGUCCCGCCCCUGCACCGCGCGUUCCCCGGCCCGCGUUUGCCCCCUCCCCCAUCCCCCCACGCAACUCUGGUCCUGUCGUGUAUGUAAAACCUGCUGCGGCCCGUCCAGUGGUAGUGCGACCCAUCACGUACAUCCACUACCCAUAUUACGUCCGUCCACUCUACAUCUCCCGACCUAUCGUGGUUGUGUCGCCCGUGUUUUGGGCUACCAACAUGUGCUACAGGUCGCAUUGCCACGUCCAAUACCAGCGAUGUGUGCAAGUGUUUGGUGACGGCUGCUUCUGCUAUCCCGGGUUGCUCCAGUGCCUGCAAACCGCAUGCACGAGCUUUUAUCAAACAGCUGUCGAUCAGUGUCUUGAGCAACAAGUCCAACCCGCACGGUGUAUCGUUCGCUGCCACGCACAGCGUUAUCCAGUAGCGUUUUCAACCGAAACCUCACCAAGUCCGUCGGGUCGUGCAACCAACGUAACCAACGAUACGAUUGUAUUUAUCGACGACAGUUAUGCAUUUGACGACAAUGUCGAGUAUACGGUGGUCGUCGUGCUCUACGUCGAAGCCACGACGGCGGCGUUGCUGCAAGAUGCUGACUACGAGAUCGCCACCGCCAUCGCAGGCGUACCGUCGUCGAAAGAGUACUUUGACGUAAGCAAUGUCACUCUGACGUUCCAAGACGUCCUCGUCAACGACACCGCCCCUGUGUUGGAGGUCACAGCAAGCAUCUCAUUGUCGUCGUUCAAGGUCAUGCAAGCCACGGACACGAUGUUUCAAGCCAUGAUGCUAGGCAAUAGCAACUCUACGUUUGGUGCCCAACUCGUGGAUGCACAUGUCCUGUUCGACCCAGCGCAGGUCAGCGUAGCCGACGUCAAGUCGGACGUGUCGUUUGCCUCCGACGACAAUGCGCAAGAGAUCCCUGGCAAUGGCGGUGGUAUACCAUCAUAUGUGUCCCCUCGAACGAUUGUCGUAGCAGUGCUGUUGUUGCUGGUGUAAGCCUGUAGCCCGUCGUUUACAGUUCCGAGGUUCGACCAAAUAUGUACUCCGAGUUUACUCGAAACGUUAGAGGUCGACAAACUUAUAGUUGCUGUGACAAUAUAAUAUCAGCACUUUGUACUAUUAA